AUGCGAAGCAAGGCUCCUCUGCCACUUCACCGCUUCUCGGCCGCUCAUCAUCCUCUUCCCAAUCAACAGGCACCAUUAUUUCACCGCGAGGGUGACUCAUUGAGCGGUAAUUCUUUGCAUACAACUACCUGCUACAGCUUACGCCUAAGGUCUCGACCGCUGGCUUGGGGAAUGGCAAAGGUCUAUAGCGGCGCCAGCGAUUUCGUACUUUUUCCCCGAGAUCAAGCAUACAUGGGCACUCUGGAUCCCAGGCUGGGCGACAACUUCAGAAAUAUGCAUUACCAGCCAAACGCUGUGAGCAACAUGCAUCAGUACGGGGAUUUCUCUGGCGAGGCCAGCACAUCCUACGAGCCAUACCCACCAGUCUCCGCCUACUCCUCUGCCCCGUCGGCCUACUUCGGAGCACAAAACGUGCCGUAUGAGACCCACAAAGGCAACAUGGGACGGCUUCUGCGCCGGCAAACACCUUCAGGGUCUCCCUCGCCCUCAAUCUCACAAGCCUUCGACCAUCCGCCAUCAACAUUGUCAUCUGCUUCGGGUGCCUCCGCCCAAAGCACAGCCUCAUCAACUGAUGGCUCGCCUUAUGCAAGCGCGACGCAUGUUCUGCCAUAUGAAGACAAAUGGUCUGAUUCACUUCAUGGACUGGGCAUUGCACCGGGGAUCGUAAGCAGCGAAACUUUCAGUCAAGACUCAUUCCCACCAGCGAACUUCGAAACCGAUUUGAUGCUGGAAGAUAGCAAGUUUCCGAAUUAUGUUGAUCCUUCACUUAUCCAACAAUUCGACACACCUACUACUCACAACACUACUACUGCACCUUACCCCAGUGCUAUUCACGCGUUCCAUCAUCUACCAUCGCAAAUAUUUCAGCCACCGUCGCCCGCUGCGUCGGAGACGUCUAGUCAAGACUCGCAUCGACCAGGAUCGGCCAGGUUCCGAAGUGGCACUACAUCGCCCUACCUCCACACCACUUCUUACCAGCCGUACCCGCAAGGCUUGGACGCACGCAGAUUCUCGAUCGCGUCGAGUCCUUCUCGAAAUUCCUUGGACAGUCCAGGAUCCAAUGGCUAUGGUUUCGACGACGAUGGUAAAGAGAGGACUCGCUGCCCGCAUCCGGACUGCGGUAGACCAUUCAAGGAUCUAAAAGCGCAUAUGCUUACCCAUCAAUCAGAGAGACCUGAGAAGUGCCCAAUCACGACUUGCACUUAUCACCAAAAAGGGUUCGCUCGCAAGUAUGACAAGAAUCGCCAUACCCUUACCCAUUACAAAGGGAAUAUGGUCUGUGGGUUCUGCCCAGGAUCCGGCUCAGCCUCGGAGAAGAGCUUCAAUCGUGCAGACGUCUUCAAGCGCCACCUUACCUCUGUUCACGGCGUAGAACAGACGCCACCAAACAGCCGCAAGAAGAGUACAAAUUCUUCCACGAACAAGAAGAUGUCGACGCAAGCUGUUGACGCGACUGGCAAGUGUUCCACCUGCUCCGCAACGUUCAAGAACGCACAAGAAUUCUAUGAGCAUUUGGACGAUUGUGUUCUUCGCGUGGUGCAGCAGGAGGAACCCAGUGAGGCCAUCAACGAGCAGCACCUCGGUGAUGUAGCCAACGAUGAAGCAGUCCGCGACACAAUGGAUCGCCACAUGAUUUCCGCUGAAACCAACUUCAACGUCAAUGCAACAGCCUUCGACGAUGAGGAAGGUGACGAGAAUGACGAUGACUUCAAAGAUGAGUCUAGCGAAGAUAACCAGGCAUGGUUGGGUGUCGGACACGCUGGGGGUGGCAACUCCAUCACAAAGUCUGGCCGCAUGUCAUCGAACGGAAAAGGUCGCGGUAUGACAGCUUCUAAAGGAGGCGUUCCCUUGGUUGGAAAGGGGCGGAGAAGGAGAAAGCACUACCCUGUCUCAUGGGGUUGCCCCAAAGAUCAGAUGAAGAUGAAGAAAAGAGUCUUGUGUGUGUAUGAUGGGUCACGUCGCCUCUGGAAGGAUGACAUGAUGCUCGACAACGAUUUUGAGGUCCGUAUGCGUUUUGGGGAUGGCGAGUCUUACGUCACCGAUCUCGAUGUUCAAACGGUCAAAAGGGCGGAGGCCCUGCACAACGCAACAGACGAAGAGAAAGGACCUCGGAUCCAGGACGAAUCGGAGAUACAGCAAUUAAUGUCAUGA